AUGGAUUCCUUCUGCGAAACGAUAUCUUCCCCAGUGCUAAUGAAAUACGGCGGGGCGCACCGUAGACUUUAUCCCCGAGACUUGCUACAAGCAUUCUCCCUCAGCAACGAGUGGCGCCGCGUCCGGAUCCGUGGACGCCGCUGCUGGAACUGUCAAUGGCGUCGUUCCUCGCCAAUUAUGAGUCGACGGGACGGCGGCGGGAUGCAGCUCUCUCUCUCUCACGCCACCUUCCUGCUGGCGGCCCUGCUGGGCUCCUGCUGGGCGUCCACCACCGUGAGGCCCACGCCCGCGCCCACACCGACCCUAAGCUCUACGCCCACCACGCCCGAGCACCAGGACGAGAGCCUGACCACGCCGGCGACGACUACCCACGCCGCCCACCGCGUGCCCACCGGGGACGAAGUCCUGCAGGAGGUGGGUCGGCUCCUGGGCGAGAUGCGGGAGGUCGCGGCGUCCAUGCAGGAGGCACGCGAGGAGCACGGGCGCCUGGCCCACGCCGUGGCGCAGAUCAGCGCCGCCGUCAGAGACAUGGGUGAGCACAACAUCCACAUCAAGAAGAAGGUCCGCAAGAUGUCGAAGGCGCUGAACCGCAGCUCGCACCACCACAAGGUCAAGGACGGCCUCAAGUCGCUGCAGCGCGACCACCAGCGCAUCCUGCACGCCAUGAGUCUCAACGGCAUCAACAUCAGCCGCCCCCACAACCACACCCACAACCACAACCACACCCAUAACCACAACCUCACCCACACUCACAACGGCACCCACAAGAACCAGCACGGCCACGGCCACAACCACCGCCAGAACAACAACAACACCAAGAAGGGCGACGAGGGCGCCGAAGGCGCCACCGAGAACGACCCCGCGGACGACUCCAAGGAGGACGGCGACGAAGGCGGCGACGCCGAAGACACCGACAACAAGAUCCCCGAGCUGGUGGUGGACCCCCCCGGCCCCACCGACCCCCCCCUGCCCAUGGACUGCACGGAGGUCAUGCAGCGCGGCAACUGGACCAGCGGGACCUACCUCAUCCAGCCGCGGGGCCUGCAGCCGCUCAAGGUGUGGUGCGACCAAGCGACCCACGGCGGCGGCUGGACCUUCAUCCUGGCGCGUCUCGAACAGGAGCGGCAGGAGGACUUCGACAAGAACUGGGACGACUACAAGGCUGGCUUCGGGGACACCGCCGGCGAGCACUGGAUCGGCCUGGAAGCCCUCCACGCCAUGACCAAGGGCAAGAACCACGAACUGCGCGUCAACAUCACCGACUGGAACGACAGCGAGACCUGGGCGGAGUGGAAGGAGUUCAGCGUGGCGGGCGAGGACAAGUACUACCGUCUGAAGGUGAGCCGCUACACCAGCAGUUCCCAGGCAGGAGACGCCCUCAAGUGGCACAACGGGAUGAAGUUCUCCACACCCGACCGGGACAAUGAUGCUCUUCUGGGUGGCCACUGCGCUAAAAAGAACAGCGGUGGCUGGUGGUACCGAGGCCACCGGGGUUGCUACCAGGCCCACCCUACAGGCAGGUAUCAGCACAGCCCAGGCAACCCCCCACCCCCCACGGCCAAUUCCCGCAACUUCGACAUGGGUCCUGUGCUCGUGUGGCAGAACUGGCGCGGCGAGAGCUACUACCCCAAGUCUCUCUUCCUUAUGUUCCGACCGGCUAUUAACUAAAUGCCGAAGGGGGUCCCCCUCCAUUUCUUUUUUUUCUUUUUUUUUGUUUUGGUCUCGCUUCACUAUGGGUACCAAUAUGCUGGUGGUCAGAUUUAUUAUUCUUUCUUGGUUGGAAAAAAGGGGGUAAAAAAUUUAGAAAAGGAAAAGCAACGAUGUAUUGUCUAAAUCCAUGCUGAAGGUAAGAUAGUUGGAGCAGCAUAAUACUUCCAAGUGAAAAUGAUUUGCCAAAAUAAGUAUAAGAACCUUUUUUUCUUUCUAUUUAACCUGUUUUAUGAUCAAAGUUAAAGCCAAACAACCAUUGUCUUUUUCCUUCUGUAGUCUAGUAGAAAAAUGUAUUCUGGGAUCAAUGUCUUAAUGGAAUGGUUGUAUUUCUAUAGUAAUUUAUUCUGGGUGUUGCAAAGUAAACCUUUCAAACCACCCAAAAAUUGUAAGGACACAGCAAAGGAAAUCUAAAUGAGGUUAAAUAAAAAAAAAGAGAGAGAAGUGAAUUAAUACAAUGAUUCUGACAAAGUAAAUAUAAGUUAUUAUAUGGUAGAGGUUUCCAGUAUUUUUCUUAAUGCAUCAGAGGAGGAUAUUUUUAUGCAUUUUACAGUCCAAAAAAGAUGGCAUUUUACUGUAGGAAAAAAAAUAUAAAUCAUAAAAGAAAAACAAAAAAAAUCUGAAUAAACUCUAGUCUUAAAUAUGUAUGAAUUCGUCAUAAACUUCUUGUGAAAUAAUUUUGAGUACAGUAUUAAGGUUAUAAUAUAUACAUACAUAUAUACAUAUACUUAACUCCCUACCAAUGUCUUCUAUGAGCGUAAAGAAUUUUUUUUCAAUCAGUUUCGUUCAUUAUAUUAUCAUUAGAUUUACCCCAAAGACAUCGGGGAUAAAAAAAAAAAAUUGAUGUGAAAAAAAGGCAUUUAGAGAAGGUGAAGUUAAUGAGUAUAGUUCUGAAAAAGUUUAUAUAAAUAUACGUAGGAUAAAAUCAAACAAACUCAUCCAAAUUUUUUGCCAUUCAGAUACAAGUCACCUUUUUGCGAUACUUAACCACCUUUGGGUGAGGGUAUUCUGUGUAAUAAAAAAAUAUAUAUAUACCCAUUUGUUGAAAAGAUGAAUGAACACCUCACUCCAUAUGGCUGGUCACGGUUAUUCUCUAUUGCCGCGUAACUGUUGUGUUAGAAUUUCCGUAGGUCUUAGCUCCAUAGGCUCUUCCAAAUAAUUCUCCUUGGAUUCAUCUUAAACAACCCUCCCCCCAUCUCAGCUAAAAAUGACAAAGACAACCAAAAAUACAAUCUAAAUAAAAUAACAUCAUCCUACACAAACUCAUAGAUCCAAACUUUUUUCUCCGAUAGCAAAGUCGUAAAGGAUAUAAAAAGGGAAUGGUUUGCUUUCUGAAAACCUUUUUCUGAAACACUUUAGGAUUACAAUGAACAAGGACAGGGUUUAUAAAAAGAGUAAUCUAGAAUUGUAAUGUAACGGAACCCUGUUUGACCUUCAGUGUGCUGGCCUAGCUGCUUCUUUGUGCAAUGGUAUGAGUUCUUGUUUCAGUGUGAUUUUGGUCAAAAUUUUGGUCUUUAAAGGAAAAACUAUACAUAUUGAUGUUCUGUCGUCGACAUACUGACAUCUCUAGGGGCUGUGGAUGGGUUUGGGUGUCCAUUCUCUAUGUCUUUUACUUUUAAAUACUGCAAAUCUGAAUUGUGUCAUCUUAUUGCAUGAUGAGAGAAAGAAAUCUGAACGUGGGAAAGAAGGCUUUACAGUAUAUAAAAAUGAUUUUACUUAAUCAGAAGACAAAGAGAGAGAGAAAAAAAAAACAUUUUAAUGCAACUUCCAAAAAAAAAAAAUAAAAAAGAAGAAAAAUACUGCAGGAUACAAAAUUACAAACCAUAUACUAAAUUCGUCAGAUGGACACCCAGACCCACACCCCAGCUGACUCUUUCCUUCAGUACAAUGCAGUAUGACACAAGUACUAUCAUUCAUGGCACUAAAACUGAGACUUUAGGGAGGUUGAGACAUAAGUAGCAAAAUAUUCAAUGCAUAUUAAUUUCUUGUUCUUGAAACUUUUUGAACUUGAAUCAUUCAGUUAGUGCAUGCAUAACAUAUUAGAAGAUACAUAAUAACCCUACAGGUAGUUUAUUUGAGAUAUGUUUAGAAGAAAGAAUUCUUGAACGUGUGUAGAGUUGAUGGACUUUGCCGACUGACAGCGAAAAAAUCCAGCUUAAUGAUCUACACAAGUGAACAAAUGACGUGUUUUCAGUAAUGAACAAAAUUGAGUAUAGAUUUAAGCUGGAUAUUGUUUAAUUGUUCAUUUACGUGGAAGAUUUCUCGGAUGCAUUUUCCUUUUCCUCGACCAAAAAAUCUUUACUAGAUCCCUUAAAAGAAUUUGAAAGGGCAAUGCUGUUUCAGUUUUCAACAAAAAUACAUAAACAAGUGUGUCCUCUUUGUAUAAUAGUGACAAUUUGAACACACAAAUAACCCCACACACUUUGUUUCCUUGUGUAUAACCCUAUCACAUGAUCUAGAAUUCUUUUUAUGGAAAAUAUUCUUAGUAAUUCAUCUUCUGUCUACCUUCUACAUAUUAUAGCACUGCCAUGAGAGCAGUUCAAUUUACGUAGCUCAGUUUUUCCAGAGACUUCAUGUGGAUAUUUUGUCUGUGGUCAAGUGGGACUUUUAUCUUUAUCAUUUGCCGGUAUUUCAAAUUGUUAUGAGCCCAUUCUCACACAAGGUGUAUAUACAUCUAUCAUUUCCAACACACCUCACCAAGGGAGAUACAAAUAAAGACAAAGAAAGAAGUAAACUCUGCAUAAAAAAAACAAAAAACA